UGUUGGCGUUUUUUGUCAGGUGUGUGCUCUGCAAUCAAUUAGUUUUCUGCUCUCUGAAAAGGCCUGGAUCCCUGCAAGCAUGGACCACGAACUUUCACCUGAUGCCUCAAGAUCGGAAGGCACAAAUGAAAAACCACACAAACCCAAGAAGGAAAAGAAGAAAAAGGAGAAGAGUGCAGAUCCAGACCACAAAGCCAAAAAGGAGAAGCACAAAAAGCACAGGGAGCGCGAUCAGUUCCAGGAUGAGGGGCCGGACGACGGAGGCGGCGAGAGCGCUGCGGCCGUGAAGCACGAACAGGACAGGCGCUACUCGCUGAUCAUCCAGGGCUCGGGUGAUGUGGACGGCGGGCCUGGCCUCCAUUACAUGGCCUAUGUGGUGAUGGACGACCUGGCCGACAAGUUGAAGCUGCUCGACUACGAGCGCGACUUUUGCAAGCCGCUCAAGAUGAAGCCGCUUAACCGACACUACUUCGUGUACUCGUUCAACGUGGGCGAGCAGUUUUACCUGUUCACGUCGCUGGCAGCCUGGCUGGUACGUAAAGCCGGGCGGCAGAUGGAGCAGCCGCAGGAGUACGACGACCCCAACGUCACCAUCUCCACCAUCCUCGACAACUGCCGUCAGAUGGGGCUGCACGUCGACUUCCCGCCCAGUAAGCUAAAACAGGGCAGCGGCGAGCAGGUUAUCUACAUCAUCGACCGGCUGGCCGACCAGGCACUGAAGACGGUGAACUUCCAGUGGCAGAAGCCGGAGAUGCCCGAUGGCGAAGAGAUCGUCGAGAAGGAGGAAGACGAGGCAGAGAUCACCACCGAGAAGAUGGACGAGGACGUGGAAGACGCGUUCUCGGAGGAGGAGGACGAGGGCGCCGUGCUCAACCUGGAGGACCUGAAGAACCUCUCCAUUCAGGGCCUCAACAUCCAGAUGGACGCACAAAAGCCGGACGAUAUCCUCGAGUCGACCACCAACACGGAGGAGUGGCGGCUGGAGAUGGAGCGCGUGCUGCCGCAGCUGCGCGUGCAGAUCCGUUCAGACACACGCGAUUGGCGCAAUCACUUGGACCAGAUGCAUCAGUACCGCGGCGCCAUCGACGAUUCGCUGUCGGAGACGCAGUCGCUGCUCAAUAAGCUGCACGGUGACGUCAGGGGCACGCUCGACAAGAUCGUCAACCGCGAGAAGUACCUGAACUCGCAGCUGGAGCACUUGCUGGCCGACUACCGCACCAUGGUGGAUGAACGCGACAGUACGCAGGAGCAGUACAAGACGGUGAACGUCGGCGUGGUGGAGCGGUCGCGGCAGCUGGCGCAGCUGACGGACGAGCUCGAUUCGGUCAAGCAGGAGCUGGAGGAGCGCGGCACCAGCAUGACCGACGGCACGCCGCUCGUCAACAUACGCAAGGCGCUCAACCGCAUCAAGCAGGAGGUGCAGGGCAUGGACGUGCGCAUCGGCGUGGUGGAGCACACGCUGCUGCAGUUCCGGCUGCGCGACAAGGAGGCGCUUCAGCAGGAGGCCAACGUCCAGUUCACCACCAACAGCAUUGGGCUCUACUGAAGCGUGCCGUUGGGAUGUCAGCACAUACUGACGGCAGGUGGGAAGUCACGUCCUGGUCUCGGCUGUUUCAACUGCGAGGAAUGGCUUGAAUCACUCUAGUCGAUGGAUCUCGCCCUUAUUCACUAGACGUUUGGAUUGUGAGGCGGAGCGGAGGUCA